AAUAUUUCUACUACUCUUAAAAAGUUAGAUGUGACAUUAAUAACAGUCUCUUCUCCUUUAUAAAAUCACAAUUCUCAUGCAUAUGAUAAAGCACAAUCACAAUUCAUCACAACCCUCAAGGCUAGCCACUACCACACCAAACUCCUAAAAAAACUGCAGCAUCUACUCUUUCUUUUGUUUUAUUCUUUUUUCUCUUCCUACCCCAGAACACAGACAAAUAAUGGUAUCUCUUGAGUCUGUUCCCAGAUCCAUUGAUGCACCUUCAAGCCCCAGAAUAUCUUUCUCUGCUGAGUUCUUAGAUGAGAACAACUUCAUCUCCAUAAGUCCAAACCCUGAGUAUGAAAGAGAUAAUGAAGAGAAGAAGGAAGGUGCUGCAGAGAGAGGAGGAGCAAAGAAUAGUAAUAAUAAUAAUGCUGCAGAUUUUGAGUUCCUCUCAAACAAUGUGAGCAACAACAACAACACAGUGUUAACUGCUGAUGAGCUUUUCUUUGAAGGGAAGCUUCUUCCCUUUUGGCAGAUGCAGCAUCUUGAGAAGCUAAGCAAGAUCAACCUCAAAGCCAAAGAGGGAGAAGAAGAAGAAGAUGAUGAUGAAGAUGAAGAGUUAGAAGAGGAAGUUGUAGUAGUGACCAACAACAACAACAGUAGCAAUAACAAGGAAGAGAGUAGUAGAGUGAACUGGUUUGUGGAUGAUGAUCCAUCUCCAAGGCCACCAAAGUGCACUGUUCUUUGGAAAGAGUUGCUGAGGUUGAAGAAGCAACGUGCUUCUUCUUCCUUGUCACCUUCAUCUUCUUCCUCAUCUUCAUCAUCUUCUGCAAGUUCACUUGGUGAUGUAGCAGCAAAAGAAGGAAAAGAACAAGGAUCAUCAAGGAACAAUAAUAAUAAUAAUAAUAAUAAUAAUCAUAAGGAGCAGCAUGUGAAGAGGAUCAAGAAAGGGUUAGAGAGAACAAGGUCAGCUACUAUUAGAAUUAGACCAAUGAUUAAUGUUCCAAUUUGCACCCAGGUCAAAAGCAGUGCCUUGCCACCUCUUUUUCCACUCAAGAAAGGAAGAUUAGAGAGGUAAAAAAACAAAAGAAAGAUUUUGGAGUAUUCAUAAGUUUGUUUAGUUUGAUCCUCCUUAUUAGUCCUCAGAGUUCUUCUCAAAUAAAUUUCCUUAUUUGUUUUUAUGAUCAAAUUAUGCUUUCAUGCUUAUUAGGCUAGUUGUUAAUUUGGGUGGAUCUGAGAGAUUUAGAAUGUAAAUUCUGACUUUUGUAUAAUCAUAUGGAAUGUGCAUUCCCUUGUGAUGUCACUAGAGGCCAGAAAUAUUUGAUGUUCUGCAUGUGUGGGUAGCUAAUUAGGAAAGAAGUGGGGGUCAUCUCACAUGAUGGAUGCAGAGUUCCUCAAUAAGUGAGUCCCACAUGGCUGCUUGAUCUAUCAGCCUCAAAGAUCUGAUCAAUCGACACAAUAUUAAUGAGUGAGUGGUACAACAAUUCAGUUUUCA